AUGGGUCUUAAGUUCUUGGCGCUGAGAUCACCAAAGAGUUUCAAGGACGCUGCAGUGGACCCCAUACAAGACUAUUUAACUUCGCCACUGAACUGGUCGUUGGAGUUCAACAGACUCGAGAUUGAGAUAAUAGAGCUGUGGCAUGAUUGCAACGUUUCCAUGGCACACAGAAGUUACUUCUUCCUUCUCUUCAGAGGAGAUCAGAAAGAUUGCUUGUACAUGGAAGUAGAACUCCGGAGGCUCAAGUACAUCAGAGAAACCUUUACCAACAAUACCAAAACCAUCGAAAACGGACGCACUCUUACAUCAAUGUCCAGCUUGAGGGCGUUGAACAGGGAGAGGUACAAGCUGAGUCAGCUGAUGCAGAAGAAACUGAGCAAAGAAGAGAGAGAGAACCUGUUCUUGAGAUGGGGAAUUGGGCUGAACACGAAGCACAGGAGGCUUCAGCUGGCGCAUCGUCUAUGGUCAGAGAACAAAGACAUGGAGCAUGUCCGAGAGAGCGCCUCGGUUGUGGGGAAGCUGAUGGGGUUCGUUGACAUGGAUUUGGCGUCAAAGGAGAUGUAUGGCCUCAACUUCUCUAUUAAACCCCGUCCCAAAAAAUCAAGCCUGUGGAAACGGAGCGUUUUGUCGCUCUCUACAUUGUAAUUAAAGAGAAAAAAGGGGUCAGAUAUCAGAAAUCCAAUUGAUUCAGUUGAAAGUGGUGUAGCUUCUAAGUGAGAGGUACACUCGCAAAUGUCAAUUUUGAUUUGGGUCUGAGACUGAGAGUCAGUGAUCUGAAAUGUAACUUCAAAAUGCCAAUUCGCUAAAAAUGUGUUGACAUUUG